CCAGCUGGUCUCGGUGAUUUCCGCAUCUGUUGAGGGCCGGCGUGAGUAGCCGUCGCCGCCGCCGCCGGGUUCCACAGUGACAAUCCUCGUCGUGGCCUCUGUACCGGGCAAGGGCGACUCCGUGGCGUAUCGUCUCUCACGGCGACCGUCCACUGUUCUCCGCAGACCGCCGCUGCCUCCUGUUCGCCCGGCCCGUCUCGUUUCUCUCGUCCUUCCCGAGUCCUCCGCGUGUCACGUUCGGCACGUCGGCGUACCCUCCACCGCUCGCGCUCCUCUCGUCCACGGCCCAAAGCUCAACGCACGACCGCAGCCUGCACUGGGCCCAUUGCUUCGUGUUGAAACCAAAGGACAAUUCGUUGUUCGUAUAUUACGUACGUACGUACGUAGAACUUCGCUCGCACCGUUCGUAUGCAACCGUGCUAAUCGGAGGGUGCGCCACCGCCGGCAGAAAAUACCUCGCACUGCCAGAGUGAGCGCGAGAGAACCUCGGCAAGGAGGUAAGUUGGCCUACUCUUCCACGCUUAAAUAGCGUCAAUACGGUCACACCAGUUGUUGAAGCAAAGUCGACGGUGAUGAGGCCGGGCGCACGCCGCGGGCUGUGACGGUACGCGCCGUACGGAAUCCACGCGCGACAGCCGAAGGCGGUGAUUUCCGUUGCGCUUCUCUGCAACCCAACUUAAGCGGCAUCGUUUAAAAAGCGUUCGGCUCGCAAAGCAAAUUUGCGCUUCAUGUAAGGGAGGUCCGAGAGUGGCUUCUGUAAUUUAUAUGUAACGUAAAUAUAUACGUAUAUUUUUAAUCGCUACUGUUGCAAACGCGGUGCCGUAGAUGGCGCCUUAAUUGUCCACUUACUCGAAUUGACAAGCAACCGUUGCUGCCCAAAGCCACCGCUGGUAACCCAAUUCAAAUAGAGCGGCUGUCAAGAGGCGAGGAGUUAAAUAACAGAGGGUGUGUAAACGUUGUGGGGAGUAGGUUUACAAUCGUGGGAUUGAAAGUCGUCCGGGAAGGCGUUUGUACAAUGCGCCGUCAACGUUGUAAUAAAAACAAAAAAUCCACAAACAACGAGGUGAGGCGGCAACAUCGCAGCAACGCCCACGCCAGGCUGGCUGCACUUUUGAGGCUCGAAACAAGAUAACAAAAAAAACAACCGACGUGACCCUAAACCCACCGCCCUCGAGGUAGCGCCGCCAACGCCGCGUCACGACCUCCUCCUACGCGGCGGCCGCCCUCGUUGACCCCGUCCAACCCAGCGAUCGUCGACCGCGAUGGCCGGUGGCGGCGAGGUGCCGGGGCGGGCGUGGUACCCCGACUCCGGGGUCUCCUGGUGGGCGGCGGCGUCGGCGGCGGCGCUGGGCACUGCGGGGCCCAACGCGAGCGAGUGCCACCUGGCGCAGGCGCUCAAGGUGGUGUGCGCCAACGGCUCCAUCGCGUGGAUCUCCACCGUGUUCGGGGAGUGCGCGAGCAACGGGCGCGACGUCGCCAGCGUCGCCCUCGGGCUGCUCUCCCUGCUCUGCUUCCUCUUCGCCUCCGUGCCGCAGCUGUACGAGUCGUAUCGGACGGGCCGAGCCGACGAGGCCCUCUCCAUCUGGUUCCUCCUGUGUUGGCUCUUGGGCGACACCUCGAAUCUCAUUGGCUGCUUCCUGGCCAAUCAGCUCUCGCUGCAGAAGUACACUGCCAUCUACUACGUCUGCAUGGACAUGGUGAUGAUCCUCCAGUACCUCUACUACAAGCGACGAAACCAAGCUUCCCUGAGCGUGAAUGCGAUGGGCGUGGCCUGCAUCCUGGGAGGCACGGGAUUGGUCGGUCUGCUCGGACGUUCGCCCAGUCAGGCGCUGGCAACGGGCCGCUUGGGGAGAAGCCUGCUGUCGUCAAAGUCGUAUGUGGACCCCGCGAUCGUCAUCGGCUACACGUCGGGUUCCAUCUCCUGCCUCUUCUACCUGGGAUCUCGCCUGCCACAGAUCCACAAAAACUACAAGCGGCACUCCACGCAGGGCGUGUCGUACAUGCUGUUCGCGCUAACCGUGUUGGGCAACCUGACGUACGGGCUCAGCGUGCUGCUCAAGAACCCGGACGAGGGCGACACUCAAGGCUGCUACUUCCUGCGCCACCUGCCUUGGCUCGUGGGCAGCCUGGGCACGCUCGGCCUCGACACAUGUAUAACCAUCCAGUUCAUCAAGUACCGCAAGCCACAGCAUGGCACGCGACACGACGAGCGGGAACCGCUGAUUGGCUGAGCCACGUCACAUGGUGCAAUGGAAAAAAAUGGACGACAAAUGAGGAGACAGAACUGAAAAAAAAUGGUUGUCAUCGGUGCUCAAACUUAUCCGUGUUGUCUUCACUAGCUUUUAUCAGAUUUUCAAAUUUUAUAUGAUUGUUUAUGUUAAUCAUGUCACAUUUAUUAAAAAAAAUCAGUGAUUUGCUCCUGAAAUGAGCAUUAA